AUGUUUUUUAAUAACAACAAUAGUACAAGUAGUCUAAGUACAAAUAGUCUAUUAAGUACGAGUAAUAAUCAAUUUACUAAUCAACAGUCAAUAAAAACAAAUUAUUUUAACAGUCAUGGUGACAAUUGGUUGGAUAAAGUGUCUUUAUCAGACGUUACUGUAGGAGAAAUACUCAAGACUUAUAAAUAUGAUACUGAGCUAUUAAAGCAUAUCCUUAUAGCAAAAACAGAGGAGGAUAAGAGAAGAGGAGCAGAAGAAAUCAGAAGAGCAGAGGAAGCAAGAUUACAAACUAAAUUCAUUGACUUACAGCUUGACCAACAACGUAGAUCAUCCUUAUUUCUAGAUGAAUCCAUCUCACUAGGUAUAUAUUAUAAAGGUUUAUCUAAUAAAAACGAUUGGCUAAACACAGCAGAUAAUAAUACCCCACCUUCUCCAGUAACUCAUAUUCCAACUUCAACUUUAUCACCUUUUACUUUAUUUGAUGUACCUUUUGCUGAUUUACACUUAUCUGCACCUUCUUCUCCAGAGCCUAAUAAGUCUUCGUCGCUUUUAAUAGAAAAGAUAAACUUAACUGACAAUGAUUCUUCAAAGAUAUAUCAACAAAACGAUAUAAUAUCUCCACAAUGCUCCUCUACAAAAAAAGAGAAAAAUUCCUGUAAACGUACUUUAUCUCGUACUCGAUCUACUCGAAAACCUUCUAUUAAAGUAGUGUCAAAAAAGAAUCGAUCUUCAGUAAUUUCAAAUAAUGAUGAAGAGGAAAUAAAAGGAAAAGAAAAUACAAAGGAGGAGACUGAGACAAAAGAAGAUAUUAACAUAAAAGAAGGUAGCAAAAAGAAAUCUUCUUUACUUAAUCAUGAUAAAGUAAUGGAAGCUCUGAGAGCCAAAUUGCAACGAUCUACACAACAGCAAAAGGAGCAACAGACUGAAGGAAGAGAAGGAAUUACAAAUAUGUCACCCUCAGGUAUAUUGUUACUUGAUUUAAAGAAUCCUAAAAAGCUAUUUCCUAUUAAAUCCAUUAGAACCACUUCUCAUACUUCUGUCAAGCAAAAGAAAGAAGAAGCAAAAGAACAAAAAGAGAUUGAACUUGAUCGACAACAAGACGAAACUGUAGCAACCUCUAUUAAUUAUGAUUUUGAUUCACUUGAUUGCUGUGAACGUACAAAGAAAGCUAUAGUUGAGCUUGGUUUCCCCAAAAUGACGGAAGUUCAAGCACGUACCAUUCCUCCCUUAAUGGCAGGUCGUGAUGUACUUGGUGCAGCCAAGACUGGCUCUGGUAAAACAUUGGCCUUUUUGAUUCCUGCUGUUGAGAUGCUCUAUCGUCUUAAAUUUAAGCCUAGAAAUGGUACUGGUGUUAUUAUUGUCUCGCCUACAAGAGAGUUAGCUUUACAGAUCUUUGGUGUUGCGAAAGAUUUACUUAAAUACCACCAAUUGACAUUUGGUAUUGUCAUUGGUGGUGCCAAUCGUAAAGCUGAAGCAGAUAAAUUAGUGAAGGGUGUUAACCUUAUCGUAGCUACACCUGGUCGAUUGUUAGAUCAUUUACAGAAUACAAAAGGAUUUAUUUAUAAAAAUUUAAAAGCUUUAGUCAUUGAUGAGGCAGAUCGUAUUUUAGAAAUCGGUUUUGAAGAUGAAAUGAAACAAAUUGUUAAAAUCUUACCUUCUGAACGACAAACUAUGUUAUUUUCAGCUACACAAACAACCAAAGUGACAGAUUUAGCUCGUAUCUCACUCAAGAAAGGACCACUCUAUAUUAAUGUACAUGAAAAUCGAGAUACAUCUACUGCAGAUGGUUUGGAACAAGGCUAUGUUGUUUGUGACUCUGACCGUCGAUUUUUAUUACUAUUUACAUUCUUGAGAAAGAAUAUGAAGAAGAAAGUGAUUGUAUUUUUUUCAAGUUGUAAUUCUGUUAAAUAUCAUGCUGAACUACUGAAUUAUAUCGAUGUACCCGUAUUAGCUCUUCAUGGUAAACAAAAACAACAAAAACGUACAAAUACUUUCUUUGAAUAUUGUAAUGCAGAAAGGGGUAUUUUAUUAUGUACAGACGUUGCAGCAAGAGGUUUAGAUAUUCCUGCAGUAGAUUGGAUUGUUCAAUUUGAUCCUCCAGAUGAUCCACGUGACUAUAUUCAUCGAGUAGGUAGAACAGCCCGUGGUACAAGUGGAAAGGGUAAAAGUUUGCUAUUUUUAUUACCAAGUGAACUUGGAUUCUUAAGAUACUUGAAGCAUGCAAAAGUACCACUGAAUGAAUAUCAAUUUCCUGCAAACAAGAUUGCUAAUGUUCAGGGACAAUUAGAAAAAUUAAUUGAAAAGAAUUAUUAUUUGAACCAAUCAGCUAAAGAAGGCUAUCGAUCCUACCUUCAAGCUUAUUCCUCUUUUAGUUUAAAAAAGAUUUUUAAUGUACACAAUUUAGAACUUCCUAAAGUAGCAAAAGCAUUUGGUUUUCCUACGCCACCUAAAGUAAAUCUUGGUAAUAUGUUUAAAAAUGUAGUAGAAGACCAAGAGAAUGAAGAACAAAAGAAGAAGAAGAAAUAA